AUGCCGGGGCCCCGGGCGGCCACGGCGGCGCUGCUCCCGGCGGUCCUGCUGGCCGCGCUGGCGCCCUGGGCCGGCCGAGGGGGCGCCGCCGCCGCGCCCGGCGCACCCAACGGCACCCUGGAGGCCGAGCUGGGGCGCCGCUGGGAGAGCCUGGUGGCGCGCUCGCUGGCGCGCCUGCCCGCGGCCUCGCAGCCCAAGGAGGCCGCCGUCCAGAGCGGCGCCGGCGACUACCUGCUGGGCAUCAAGCGGCUGCGGAGGCUCUACUGCAACGUGGGCAUCGGCUUCCACCUCCAGGUGCUCCGCGACGGCCGCAUCGGCGGCGUGCACGCCGACACGGGCGACAGCCUGCUGGAGCUCUCGCCGGUGGAGCGGGGCGUGGUGAGCAUCUUCGGCGUGGCCAGCCGCUUCUUCGUGGCCAUGAGCAACAAGGGCAAGCUGUACGGCUCGCCUUUCUUCACGGAGGAGUGCAAGUUCAAGGAGAUACUCCUCCCCAACAAUUACAACGCCUACGAGUGCUACCGGUACCCCGGCAUGUUCAUCGCCCUGAGCAAGAACGGGAAGACCAAGAAGGGGAACCGGGUGUCCCCCACCAUGAAGGUCACCCACUUCCUCCCCAGGCUGUGA